AUGGCCGCACUAGAGGAUGAAGUUGGUAACUUGGAGGGAGCGCAAGUCCCGAGGGGGUCCGUUGAACCUGCAAUCGACCUACUAGAGCUAGACGAGACAUGCCUUCAUGCUAACUGGGGACUAGAGGAUUAUCUGUCAUACGUGGAAACCCUUGCUACGCAAAACAAGUGGUCCCCGAAGAAAAAAGCGGAGGCGGAAGCUCAUUAUCUAGCACAAUUUGCAGAGCUUCGAAGCGGGGAGCAAUCUCCUCUGCCAGAGACCAUGCAGACAGAGGAAGGGGCUCCGGAAGAAGUCCAAAAGGAGCGGCGCAUUAUGAGCUCAGAAAAAUACCGGGCUCAGCUUGACGACAUUGCACGGAACAAUGCUCCAUUUGAGAACCCCCUCGGUCACUCAGAACCUGAGGAAGACGAUCCAGAGGAAGGCGGACACUUGAAUGCGGCGGGGGAAGACGAUCCCGAUGCGCCCACCGAAUCGGAGCUGCAAGCCGAAAUGACGUUCAAGCAACAUGCACGAGAGGAGGAAGCGCCCGCAGAGGAUGAUGAGGAAGAAGAAGGGGAGGAGCUGCAGUCGAUGUUGGGAGAUCCGGGUCGGGAUAUGGACCCAGCGGAGCAGCACAGGAGGCACAAGGCAGCAGUAGCAAGCUUCGGAAAGACCUCGAGAGAACUUCUGACGGCCGGCAAGCAACCUCGAAAGAAGCCGCGAAGCAAAGCAACAGGUCGGAAGCCAUCAAGCGUCUGGGCCGUGGUGGGGGGCAAGAAGCCGGUGCCUGGGGCGGCGGCGCUUGCAGGCAAGCCGGAGGCAGCAGGGGCCACGGAGCAGAAGGGCUCCGGGGGUGCCCAAAAAAAGAAAGUGCCGCCGACGGGCGCCAUCGGGAAGCCGGCAGCUGGGGAGGGGAAGCAAAAGCUCGCGAUGGGAGGCAGUGGAAAGGCGGUGGUUGGAGGCAACCGGAAAACAUCGGCGGCGCUCAGGCGUUGGGAGUCUGCGAAGAGGCCGCGGCGGUACAAGCCGGGCACAAUAGCGCUCAGAGAAAUCAGGAAGUACCAGAAGAGCACGGACAACCUCAUUCCACGAAGCACAUUCGCCCGGAUCGUAAAGCGCAUGUGCAACACGUAUUUGAAACGAGAAGACCUCAGUCGGAAGCCAUCAAGCGUCCGGGCCGUGGUGGGGGGCAAGAAGCCGGUGCCUGGGGCGGCGGCGCUUGCAGGCAAGCCGGAGGCAGCAGGGGCCACGGCGCAAAAGGGCUCCGGGGGUGCCCCAAAAAAGAAAGUGCCGCCGACGGGCGCCAUCGGGAAGCCGGCAGCUGGGGAGGGGAAGCAAAAGCUCGCGAUGGGAGGCAGUGGAAAGGCGGUGGUUGGAGGCAACCGGAAAACAUCGGCGGCGCUCAGGCGUUGGGAGUCUGCGAAGAGGCCGCGGCGGUACAAGCCGGGCACAAUAGCGCUCAGAGAAAUCAGGAAGUACCAGAAGAGCACGGACAACCUCAUUCCACGAAGCACAUUCGCCCGGAUCGUGAAGCGCAUGUGCAACACGUAUUUGAAACGAGACCUCAGGUAA